CAUUUUCACAAAGAAUUUUAGGUUUGUAUUGGUGUUUUUGAAUGUGUGAGAAUGAGGAGAAAUGCUAUUGCUAUUGCGUUUGUAAAGGUGACGGGACGUAUACUUGAAUGGCGAUCUGUGGUUAUGUUGUAUUUUUGUGAUUAAGUGGCAAAAUAAUAACAGCUGGUUUAUGAAAAUAUUAAUGGGGAAAGAGAUGUGUGCGGUUAUUUUAUUUUAACGUCGAAAAGUGUCGUAUCUACCAGAAAUUCUACCGUAAGCUUCAUUAAUAAAGUCAUGAACAAUUGCAUUAUUCGUAUAAAAGUGCAGUGAUUGGAAAAACGCUAUUGUUGUAAAUCGAAUGCGGUUUAUUGUUGCGGUGACCGGGUGCUUUUGAUAUGAUAUUAAUUGACUGCUUUGCCGAAAUGCCCAGUGUUUUCACUUAUCAUAACCUCAACGUUUAGGCUUGAAUACGUCAAAACUAUUUUGCAUCGCCCAGUGCGAGGCCGUGCGUAAAACUUAAGUUUAUCUGUUAUAUAUGAUUCAACGCGAGUAUCCAAUGAACAACGGGUUUAGCACAGGAGAAGAAGAUUCUAGAGGCAAUUCAGAUCAAAUAUGUUGCCUUGUGGAUGACAACGAACGAUGUAGGCGCCCUGCUGGUAAUGCAUCGUACAGCAAACGCAUACAGAAAACUGUGGCGCAGAGAAGGCUCAAACUGAACAUAGAUCCUCAGGCAAGGCACACAUACAUCUGCGAUUAUCAUAAAACAAUGAUACAAUGUGCAAGGACAAAGCAGAGGAGGCCUAAAGACUCAGAGGAUGACAGCAAUGAAGCUGAGAUGGAUACUCCUGAUGUAGACUGGUUUCAAUUGCAAGUCAAUACUCUGAGGAGGUACAAAAGACACUACAAAGUGCCUACCAGGCCAGGAUUGAAUAAAGCUCAACUUGCUGAAGUCAUACAGAAACAUUUCAAAUCCUUGCCAGUGAAUGAAAAAGAUAUAAUGGCAUACUUUAUUUAUAUGGUGAAAACCAAUGGCAAUAAAUUGGACCAGAAAAAUGGCAUAAAUUCAGACUCAGUGUAGUGUUAUGUGAAUUUAAUUUAUGAAAUGUAGUUUUAAUGUUAGUUGUAAAAUAUAAUUAGAUGGUUUCUCUUCCUAAAUUUACAAUCAACGUUUGAGAGAUUGUCCCUUGUUUAGUUUUUAAAAUGGAUCUCUUAUUUAUAUUUUUAUAGAUAUUUCUCCCUGUUGUGAUUAUUGUAGAAAAGCCACUGUACCAACCAUGUGAUUAAUUAACCACACCAAUCUUUCUUGGCUCGUGGAGAUAUGGUUCAUAUUGCUAUACCAUAUUUUACUAAAUAGGGCAAAGUGGAAGUAUGAUAAAUAAUAUUUUAAACCAACAUAUACAUUUUGUUUAGUGAGACAAUUUUUUUGUAAUUUUCAGCCGGAAUUUUUGCUGGAAUUUUUGGUGAUCUAACAUAAAAUGCUAGAUCACAAAACAUUCCGGCAUAUAACUUUUGACUCAUAAUUGUUUUUAAAACCAUUGUAAUAUUAUUUACAAUGAAAAAUGUGAUAUAAAAUAUUCAAUUUUUCCUUUAUCAAUAAUUUUAAAAUUAUUAAGACCUAUUUUAUCAAUAUAAUCAAUUAUCAUAGUAAGAUUACAAACUCAUUUUACUUUCUGUGUGUAAAGAAUCCCAAAUUUUAGUCAUAUAUAUACUUAUAUGAUGGUUGAAUAAUUAAAUCAAAAUAAAAUAACACACAAAGAUUCUCAUUCAAAAGUUUGUGUAGGUAUGUAGCUUGCAAUUAUUAAUAACUAAAAAUACUCAUAAAAUUGUAGAUUUAACGCUUCAUCUGUCGUAGUUUUAAACUUGGAUAGCCAUAAAAAAAAUCUUACUGAGCCUUGGUUGAGCCAUAUUUAUUUUUUAAUAUGAGUUCAUUACUGACAGAAAAGCUGACAGCCUGGUAAACCUUCCAAGAAUUUGUCACAUGAAAUGAUUAUUUGCAUUGAUAAAUUGUUUGAAGCUUGGCCGCUAAUUUGUAAAAAUAAAAAUGGCGGACAGUGGAGUAGCCAUGCUUAAUACUACAUGCUUGAUACAUAACUUGCGUGAAUAAGUUUGCCCAGUAUGAUUCAAUGCCAUGCAUCGAGGCCAUUGAGGGUGUGGUUAUUAAUCGCAUUAAAGUAUGGUGCUAGAGAUGCAUGUUUGUGCUAGACUGUGAUCUCAUUUAGUUAGUAAUGAUUCAAUCUAGGAUGGUAACAUGCUUCACUCAAACGAGGAAUUAAACCCAUACGUACACCUUAUCAGUAUAUUUUAUAUU